AUGGCGGCUACUAUAGGAAGUCGUUCCGUUAGACCAGUUGUUAAUCUUCCCGACCCGAGGUCUUCAUUGAGAAGAAGUGUUUCAGAAUCCCCUGGGAGCCGUCUUCCCUCCGGUGGAUUAAGCGGGUUUUGCGGCUCUAAGAUUAAGUCGCCUUCCUCGCAAGCGUCAAAACAACGGUCGUCGGGUCCCUUCUGCUGUUUCGCUAAUGCCUCAUGGAUGGAAGAUGACUUCGUGCCUCAACCUUCCUUCGUACACCGAUUGUCUAGAGCUUGGCAAGUCGUGUUUCCCACGAGAAGGAAGGGUCCAAGUGUCGCGGAGGUGGCAAAGGAGAGAUUGCGUUUAGUUCUGUACAGCGACCGCGAGGAAUUUCAUCCUAGACUAAAGAAGAAGCUUUGCGGAGACAUUGUGAACGCCAUGGGUGAUUUCUUGGAUGUUGCUGUGGAGGACGAAGACGACGUGAUUUUCAGAGUCACCAGGGACCCGGUGGUGGGCUCGAUUUACAACGUCAGCGUACCGGUGAAACGGGUGAAGCCCGCGCUUCAGAAAUGA